AACCAGUCAACGGUGCGCUGACAACACCGAUGACAACUGUGUCGACCAAACGGAAUCGGUAGUCAAUAAUAAUAGUCGGCGACCGAUAUUACCGCCACUAAUCUCAUCCAAACUAUACAUAUCAACGAUCAUCACAUUAUUUAUAUCGAUCGGCAUCUCAUAUAUCUAUCGUACUGUCUGUCCAUACCUGCUAAGCAACAGUUAUAAUAGUAAUAAUUAUGGGACAACCAGUACACAUAUGAUACCGCAUCCCGAUUACGAUCAUUUGCCCGGUUUGUCAACAAUUACCGACUAUUCCUAUGCCAUUGUGUUUGAUGGCGGCAGUACUGGGACACGGGUACACAUAUUUUCGUUUAGUACCCAAACCGAGAGGCGAUCCCGGCGUAUAUACCUGGAAAGUGAAAUAUUUCAGUCGAUAACACCGGGACUGUCGUCGUACGCGGAAAAUACGUCCCGWGCGGCCAUCAGUAUUGAUCCRCURUUGCAACGGGCAUUGGCUACCGUACCCRCURAUAAAGCMGUYCAWACGUCGGUAAUACUCAAAGCAACGGCUGGACUGCGWUUGUUGCCCAGACAGUCRGCCGACGAUAUACUUCGGUCCGUAAAAGCCAAACUAGAGUCCAGUCCCUAUAAAGUUCACGARGACUCGGUAUCGGUGCUCGACGGCCAAGYCGAGGGACUGUACGCUUGGUAUACCGUUAACUUUUUAUUAGGCAAACUKCACGACAUACGCAACUCAAUUGUUACAUUGGAUCUGGGAGGUGGAUCAACACAGAUAACAUUUGCCACCAAUAAUACUGAAACACUGGUCCGAUCGCCAAACGGCUAUAUCAUCAAAGAGAACAUCGAAGGCGAACCCGAAUAUCUGUAUACMAACUCCUAUCUGGGCUACGGUCUGAUGUCUACCAGAAAACAAAUACUCAUGAGUAGUGUCGAUGAUAAUAAUGGCAGCCAUCCAUAUCAAACUGAUGAUCAUCAUCGGGUAGUACGGGUGCGGACACCAUGUUUUGCUAGCAAUUCAAAUAUCACCGAAAAUUGGACAUUUGAAUCGAUAACCUAUGAGGUGUCSGGCUAUCAGUCGUCCACUGAUUCGUUUGAACAAUGCUAUCGACUGUGCAGGCAAUGGGUGGCCAAUCGUAUACAUAAACCCGACGAACUGGCCGAUCGUCAAGUGUUUGGCUUAAGCUACUAUUAUGACCGUAUGAAAGACGUACGGCUGGUCAAGGAUACCGUCGGUGUUGUCAAAGUUAGGGAUUAUUAUCUGAUUGCCGAAAAUGUUUGCAAAUCUAUUGUCAAAUUCAAGAAACAGUCACCAUUUCUAUGUCUGGAUUUGGUAUACAUAACAGCCUAUCUUCGGGAAGGACUGGGACUCGACUGGCAAAAGGAUAUUACGUUGGUUAAGAAAAUAAAUGGUAUCGAAACUAGUUGGGCAUUGGGUGCUGCCAUCAAUUUGAUUAACAUUGCCAAACAAAAUACUACUACCCCCAGCACCAGCACCAGUACCAGUACUGGCCAACAAUAACUACCCGUACCAUCAAUUUUGAGGACUACACCCCAAUCAUCAUCCUAUUGAUUGAUAUAAACUUUUUUUUAUUUGAAGGACUGUUUUGGUUAUUAUACCUCAAAUAAUAAUCAGUUAUUAUAAUUAUUAUUAUUAUUACCCUUUUUUUUGUAUGGGUCUGU